AUGUCGAUCUCUCAAGAGCUUUACCCAUCCCAAGACGACCUCCUUUACGAAGAAGAGCUUCUCCGAAACCCCUUUAGCCUGAAGGUAUGGUGGCGUUACCUAAUCGCUCAAUCCGAAUCUCCAUUCAAGAAGCGUUUUAUAAUCUACAAGCGAGCACUCAAGGCCCUUCCUGGGAGCUAA